AACUAUUCAGCUGACAUGAGAAUUUGGUUUUUCAGCUGUAAAUAUACUGUUGAAUUGGAGGCGUGUGCUGUCGCAGUGAGAGCGCGCAGAGGAAGGGAGGGCAAUCUUGUCCGGACGCUAAUAAGACCCAAUGGCUGGUGCAAGGUGGCCAGGAGCUCUGAAACGCGACAGAAGACGGUGGACAAAAGAGAGGAGGAAAAAGAAAAAUCUCAAGAGAAGCAUUUCUGGAUGGACAAAGAGGAUGAGAGCGCCACAGGAGCGUCCAUAGGAACUGCAGGGAGUCAGCGAGCCGUCGGUCCUUUUGGUGUGCGUCCGUUUGUGUGUCUCUUCAAAGGAACUGCGUGGAGAGAGAGAAGCGAAAACAACCUCGGUGCCAGCGGAAGAGCAGAGGGCAAGAUCACACGCAACUCUGAGCGCUUCAAUGAACUUGUGGGCAACUACAACCCAGACAUUGUCUUCAAGGAUGAGGAGAACACCAACGCAGACCGCUUCAUGACUAAGCGAUGUAAGGACUGUUUAAACAGGUUGGCUAUCGCAGUGAUGAACCAGUGGCCAGGGGUACACUUACGUGUCACAGAGGCCUGGGAUGAGGACGGUCACCACCCUCCCGGCUCUCUGCACUAUGAAGGCCGGGCCGUGGAUAUAACCACUAACGACAGAGAAACAGAGAAGUAUGGUCUUCUAGCUCAGCUGGCUGUGGAGGCUGGCUUUGACUGGGUCCACUAUGAGUCCAAAUAUCAUAUCCACUGCUCAGUCAAAGCUGAUCACUCUGUUGCUGUGGAAAAAGGUGGCUGUUUCCCAGGCUGGGCCCGGGUGACUGUUGCUGGAGGGGAGCAGAAGAGCCUGUCAUCACUGGCUCCUGGGGACAGAGUCAUGGCCCUGUCUGGGACAGGCCAAGUUGUGUUUAGCCAAGUCCUCUUGUUUCUUCACCGGGACCAAGAAAGCUGGUCUACUUUUCUGUCUCUGGAGACAGAAGAUGGCCAUAGAUUGGCCCUUACUCCACAUCACUUGGUCUUUUUAGCUCCCAGUUGCAGACUCGACAGCAGUCAGUACCAGGCUCAGUUUGCUAGCAGAGCCAAAACAGGAGACUGUGUUCUCAUCCAUACAGCAGAGGGUCAAGUACGUCCAUCUCGAAUCAUCUCAGUUUCGCUAGAGGAGAGUGUAGGAGUGUAUGCUCCCUUGACAGAAGCUGGAACUGUGUUUGUUGAUGGGGUGCUGGCAUCCAGCUAUGCACUGGUGGAAGACCACAGACUUGCACACUGGGCAUUUGGACCUCUCCGACUCCUCUCGUCAUUCAACCAGCUACUCUGGGGGGAGCCAACAAAAGAACGGCAGACCACAGAUAGUGAAACAGCUUGCACUAAGACUCCAUUUCAUUGUAGCACUUUGACCACAAAGGACAAAGCAGGUGUGUAUGUGAAUAAUGGCAUUCUGAACAAACAAGACAAUCUCAGUGAACCUCUGAGGAUGGAAAUGAAAGAGAAGCACUCUUUGCAAAGACAGACAUCAGAUGUGCACUGGUAUGCUAGAUUACUGUACCAUUUUGGAUGUAUCUUUUUAGACUCAUUUCAUCCUUAAAAGCCUAAAACUGUAGACUCAGUACAUGUCACAGUGUUCAAUGUUGCAACGUUGAUACAUUUAUGCUAACACUUCCUGUUCUUCAAUAAAUUAAAAGCACUGGAAUGGCUUGCUUGCUUUUCACCACUGUUUGCAUUAUAAUCUAUCAUAAUGAUAUACAUGCUAAUACUUAAGUGAUAUUUUAUAAGAGACUGAGUUUGAUGAGACAAAUUGUCUGAGCAGGUUAAUGUAAAAAUGGUCAUGCCAAAAUGACUAUAUCAUAGUCUUUUAUGUACAUCAUGUCAUUUCUUUUAAUUAUAUAUAUAUAUAAAAAAAAAAAAAUAUAUAUAUAUAUAUAUAUAUAUAUUUCAACUGGGAUAGGAAUGAAUUUUCCCACAGCAGAAUCUUUAUUUUUUUACUUUCUGAAUCAUAAUAUAUACGUUUCAUUUUAUUAUAAUAAUUCCACUACAUUGUUGGAUUGUAUUGUAUGUCCUCACUUGUCAUGUCAUAAAACAAAUUAAAAUGUCAUUUUUAUUAAGCAA